AUGGACUCUCCAGCUGGAAAGUUUUUUCCAGCUUGGCAUGUAUGCCACAGAUUCUCUGCAGUUAGACUCUCAAGACUAAUUGGAAUUCUUUUAAUUAUUUUAGUCAUGGUUCCAUUGUUUACUCAUUACUACUUAUCUAAGUUUGUAGGAGACAGUCCUACUGCAGAGAUCCAUCACAAAGGAAUACAAAUGGAGGACUUAGAAUCUAUUAAAGCUGUUGAUUUGAAAUCAAGAAUUGAAGAAAUGAUCCGUAUAAAAAUUUCCGUCAGUGAUGAGCUUCGAGAUCUGGAAAGCAGAAGACAGAAACUGCAAGUAAGCAUUUUUCUGACAUUCAAAAGAAUGGAAGAUCUGAAAACUGAUUAUACUCGGCAGCAGGUUGAAUUAGAUAGAUUGCGUGUAUCUGUUGAGCAGGCACAGUAUGCACAGAAGGAAGUCCAAGAAAAAAAUAGUCCCAUAUUUCAGCCCCCGAAGCGUAUUCUUCCGUCUUUGGAAGAUAGUGUUUUCAUUCCUCCUGCCAGUUUCAGAGGAAUUCAAUCAUGUCGUACUCAUUUAUGCUUUGAUUUCUCCAGGUGCUCCUUAACAUCAAACUUUCCUGUGUAUUUUUACCAUCCGGAUGACUUUGGAACUUGGAGUGCAAAGGAACAAACAGUAAAAAGUGCCAUUACUGAAGCUUUAAAUAUCAACAUUCAUAUCACAUUUGAUCCAGCGAUAGCAUGUGUUUAUGUUGUUCUAGUGGGAGAAAUUCAUGAAAAAAGUGAUGCUUCUUCCCUGGAAAACUAUCUUCAGUCAUUGACUCAUUGGAACGGAGAUGGACGCAAUCAUAUACUUUUAAACUUAGCUUUAGAAACAAACUCGCACCAGUUUGUUUGCUGGUGUGAAUACUUGGGCGUGCCCAUUAUUGCCCAGUCUCAUUUCACAUCAAGUGAAUUUAGAGAUGGUUUUGACAUUAUUGCACCUCCUUUGAUCAUCAAAAAAGAUGAAGCAAUCAAAACUUUCAUGUAUACCCCUGCCCGCAGGAAAUUCUUGCUUUCUUACCAGGGAGAAUAUAGAACAUUGGUUUCAAUUAUCAAAAACACCUCUAGGAAGCUCUCUGCAUCCAUUGUUACCACUAAAGAUGGGUAUAAUGAUGUCUCGAAAAAGAAGCUUACAACAGAUGAUGUCGAAGAUCUAAUUGUGAAAACUUUGAAAGAAAUGCAAUUGUCUACUCUUGGUGAUAAUUUCUUCUUUCAGUUCUCGUGUGCUGGAAGUGCUAAUCCCGGUCUUUCAUCUGAGUGGCUGUUGUGUGGAACUCAAGAGACAAGAGCUUCUAUUCUGCAGGAUUCUACCUUUUCUCUCAUAAUCAGUCCUUCAAACUAUAAUUUAAUCAGCACGCCUCAAUUGCAUAUGCGAGUAUAUGAAGCACUUAAAGUUGGAGCAAUUCCUGUUGUUCUUGGAAAUCAUGUAAAAUUAGCUUUCCAUGAAUUUCUUGAUUGGAACAGAGCACUUGUUGCUUUGCCAAGAGCAAGAGUUUCAGAAUUACAUUACUAUUUGAGAACUUUCACAGAUAAUGACAUUUUAGCCAUGAGACAUCAAGGCCAAUUGUUACUAACUCAUUACCUGUUGGGACCUCGUCAAAUCAUUGCGACAAUUCUUGCUGCAGUUCGUAACAGAAUUCAGAUCCCUCCGCCUGCAGCAAGAGAAGAAAGCUCACCCAGUGUUUUCAAUGACACAUUCCGUCCACUAAGGGGAGACUUUGCUGUGGUUCAAGAUCCAGAUCCGGAAGAGAAUCUUGGUCCUGUUGAAUCUCCAUUCCCAUCACUUAGUUUUAGAAGAAAUCUAACAUAUACAAAUUCCCAGAAAUAUUUUGUAUGGAAUGAUUUAGCUGAUCCAUUCACUCUUUAUCCAUACACUCCAUUUGAUCCCAUAUUACCUUCAGACUCGAAAUUCAUAGGUUCAAGUUUUGGUUUUCGUCCCAUUGGACAAGGAGCUGGAGGAGCUGGCAAAGAAUUUAGUGAAGCACUUGGUGGAAAUUCUCCUAGAGAGCAAUUUACAAUGGUAAUGUUGACUUAUGAGCGAGAAGCAGUGCUGAUGGAUUCUCUCCAGCGAUUGCGUGGAUUACCUUAUUUGAACAAAGUCGUUGUUGUUUGGAACAGCGAAAGACUUCCUUCUGCUGAUCUACGUUGGCCAGAAAUUGGAGUUCCUAUUCAUGUUAUUAAAGCAAAGAAAAAUAGCUUGAAUAAUCGUUUCUUACCGUAUGAUACUAUUGAGACAGAAGCUAUAUUAUCUGUUGAUGAUGAUGCCCAUUUACGUCAUGAUGAAAUAGUUUUUGGUUUUAGAGUUUGGAGAGAAGCAAGGGAACGGAUUGUUGGUUUUCCUGGUCGUUACCAUGCUUGGGACACUUUAAAUGGUGGUUGGCUAUACAACUCAAACUACUCUUGUGAGCUUUCAAUGGUUUUAACUGGAGCUGCUUUUUUCCACAAGUAUUAUACUUAUUUAUACAGCUACUCGAUGCCUCAAGUUAUAAGAGAAAAAGUUGAUGAAUAUAUGAACUGUGAAGACAUUGCAAUGAAUUUCCUUGUGUCCCAUGUAACAAGAAAACCACCUGUAAAAGUAACCUCUCGGUGGACAUUCCGAUGUCCUGGAUGUCCUGUAUCUCUCUCUGAAGAUGAUACCCACUUUCAAGAACGUCAUAAAUGCAUUGAACAUUUUGCUCGAGUUUAUGGUUAUAUGCCAUUACUCAAUACACAAUUUCGAGCAGAUUCUGUACUUUUUAAAACACGCAUACCUCAUGACAAACAAAAAUGCUUCAAAUUUAUUUAA